AUCUGUAUCGAAAUGCAAAGGAAGUCAGUUCGUACGCUGUUAACUGUCACGUCAAUCAAUUCCUUGUUAAAUUAUUGAAAUAAAUCUGGAGACCUAUACAUAGGUUUCUAACGUAUUGAAAAUCUAAGACAAAAUCACAUCAAAAACAAAUCGUUAAGGAUCAUCCAGUUGAUGUUCGAACAUGGGCGACUCACCAGAACGCGGCAGCAAGGAAAAUACAGCUGAAGUAGCCAGCAAGGAAGUCGCUCCCGAUCUAGCAGUUAAGGAGAAACCAAAGGGCAAAGAGAAAAAAGCACAAAAAGAAGACGAAAAAGGUCGCGGAUCGCUUGGGGCAGUGGCAGCGCAGGCCCCGAAGCCAACGACACGAUAUGCACCGACCUACCGCCUGGACCCAAAGAAUCCGAUGAAGCACGAGCGCAUAGAGAUAGUCGUCAAGUCCGAAAUGAAUAAGAACUAUGAUGCGGAUUACGCGUUCCAUCCGAAAUACUCCCUACACAUGGCUGCUCAGGUCGCUGAAGACAUUAAAGCGCGUAUCAAAUUAUUAAAUUUCGAUCGAUAUCGUUUCAUAGUGCUGAUCACUGUCGGCGAAUAUCUAAUGCAGGGCCUCUACUCGAUGGCAAAUUUUCUGUGGGAUGCCGAAAAGGAUGGCUACGUCAACUAUACCGUUGAAACACCCAAAUAUUUUGCUGUCUGCACAGUAUUUUAUAUAUACUUUGAUUAGGACACCUAGGGAGGAUUGAUUCUGAGUGAACUUGACUGGACUGCAAUUGGAGUAGCAGGAAAACGAGUUGGUUUUAUAAUUUAAAGAGCAUAUAUUUUUGUAAGCUACCAUAUAUUCAAUUAUAUAUUAGGGCGUGUAGGCCCCCAG